ACUUGAAUUAAUAAAGCAAUUGAACAUGACAAUUUGCGAAACGGAAAAAAGAAAAAGAAAAGGAGUUCACUGUCUAAUACUCUGGCUUUGCGCUAAACCCUAAAAAAACCCUAGGCGAAGCUAAUUUGUUCUUCCCAGCCUCAAGAAAAAUGAAGCUCAAGAAAGAGCUCAAAGGAAGAAGAAAUAACACUGACGAUGAAGUACAUGAAAACAAUGCGAAUGCGAGCGGCAAUGGGAAUGAUGAUAAUGAAUCUUAUCACUCGGUGGAAGAGAGUGAUUCGUCUGAAGACGAGGUUGCUCCUCGUAAUACAAUUGGAGAUGUUCCGUUGAAGUUCUAUAAUGAAGAGGAACAUAUUGGAUACGAUCUUACUGGGAAGAAAAUUAAGAAGAAAGAGCGUAAAGAUUUACUUGAUAAGUUUCUUGCUAGUGCUGACGAUAAGAAGGCCUGGAGGAAAUUUAUUGAUGAAUACAAUGACGAGGAAGUGGAGUUGAAGAAAGAUGAAAUUAAGAUGAUUCGUCGUAUAUUGGAAGGAAAGACACCACAUGGUGAUGUGAAUCCCUAUCCGACUUACGUUGAUUGGUUUGAAUGGGAAGGUAAAGGUCAUCCGUUGUCAAAUGCACCAGAACCAAAGAGGCGUUUUAUUCCCUCAAAAUCAGAGGCCAAAAAGAUAAGUAAGUACGUGAGGGCCAUUCGAGAGGGAAGAAUCAAAUUUGAUAAACCAAAGGAAGAACCAAGGUUCUAUUUGUUAUGGGGUGACGAUGGUAACACAUCUGAAAGAAGAAGGGGUUUAUCCUAUAUACCUCCUCCAAAAGCCAAAUUGCCUGGCCACGAGGAAUCUUACAAUCCUUCCUUGGAAUACAUACCAACACAAGAAGAGAUUGAUUCAUAUUCGCUGAUGUACGAGGAAGAUAGACCUGAUUUUAUUCCACAGAGGUUCACAUCACUAAGAAAUGUCCCAGCAUAUGGAAAUAGUCUCAAGGAGUGUUUUGAUCGUUGUUUGGACUUGUAUAUGUGUCGUCGUGUUCGUAAAAAGCGCCUCAACAUUGAUCCAGAAUCGUUGAAACCGAAGAUUCCUGAUUAUAAGGAUCUUAGGCCCUUCCCCACAACUUGUUAUAUUGAGUACAAGGGUCACAGUGAUGCUGUUGUUUCCAUUUCUACAGAUGCUUCAGGGCAAUGGAUAGCUUCUGGUUCGACUGAUGGAACUGUAUGCAUUUGGGAGGUUACUACAGGAAGAUGUAUCCGUGUCUGGGAAGUUGGAAAUGCUGUUCGGAAAGUUGCAUGGAAUCCGUUACCACAUCAGCCGAUCUUGGCAGUUGCUGUAGACCAAGAUGUACUUAUUCUUGAUACUGGAUUGGGAAGUGAUGAAGAGCAGGGAAAAAUCACAGAUCUUUUGCAGUUCGAGAAACCUAUUAAACCAGAUAAUUCUGGUGAUUCUGCUAUAGUACAAUGGCAUCGUGAUGAAAAACUUCGUUGCCUCAGACUGAGGCAUUUUAAGGCUGUGUCAACAAUUGAAUGGCAUCGCAGAGGAGAUUAUCUCUCAACAGUGAUCCCACAAGGCGAAUCUCGAGCGAUAAUGAUACACCAGCUGUCCAAGAAAGGAAGUCAAAAAAUUCCAUUCAAGUUGCAUGGACUUCCAGUCUCAACGGCUUUCCACCCAUCUAGAUCCAUUUUCUUCAUCUCAACAAAGAAAUUUGUUCGGGUGUAUGAUUUACUGAAUGAAAAACUGAUAAAGAAGCUUGAUACGAGGCUUCGUGAAGUUUCAUGCAUUGCAGUACAUCCUGGUGGUGACAAUUUGAUUGUUGGGAGCAGAGAAGGAAAAUGGUGUUGGUUUGACAUGGAUCUCUCAUCAACACCUUACAAAGUCUUGAAGAAUCACAAAAAGGAUAUCACGAACGUUACCUUUCAUCGUAAUGUUAAUUAUCCUCUAUUUGCAACGUGCUCAGAGGAUGGUAAAGCAUAUGUUUAUCAUGGCAUGGUUUAUGCAGACUUAAAUCAAGAUCCUUUCAUUGUUCCUUUAAAAAUUCUCCAAGGGCAUUCUAACCAGAAAGGAAGAGGAAUUCUGGAUUGUAAGUUUCAUCCGAAGCAACCCUGGUUGUUUACUGCCGGUGCUGAUUCUAUCAUCAGAUUGUACUGCCAUUAGGAUUAGGAACAAGGUAUCAUCUUUAACUGAUAACCUUCCUUGAAAUUAAACAUUCAAAGACACUACUGAAGGCGUUAAUGUUAAAGAAGAAAAGCAAAUGGAGGUUCAACCGAGGAUAAAGCCUCACGCUUCCCUUGCUAUCGGUGUCAUGAGUGUCUUUUUGUAGAGUAGAUUUAGAUUUUGUUAUGUUGAGGAAAUGCUGCUUAAUUGUUACGGAAAUAACUUCGAUGUAUAUACUGGUAUUUAUGUUUGAAGCUAUUGUCUUCACUUGUCAUUUGAUGAGUAUGAAAUUGCAAUUUUGGAGUCCAUCAUUUUCCCCUCA